AUGCUAUUUUCAGAAGAUUUAUCUGAUUCAUAUAUCAGAUCAAUAUAUACCUACAUGUAAACAUAUCGAUUAAGUUAAGAAUAAAGUAUAAUAAGCCAAGUUAUCAUUAGAAUUUGAUUCAUAUCUUCCUAAAUCUAGAUUUGAUGUGGAUCUUCAGUGGACUUUCAUUAUUUAUCAAUCAAAUGUGCUAAUUAUAUGGAGUUCAUUAAAAUUUUUGUAUUUAUAUGAGUCUCUUUUGAUGAUCCAGUAAAUAAUAGUAAGGCAGUUUAUUCGAGAGAUGCUGUAUUAAAGAAUGAUAAUCUAAUUUAAUUAAUGA